ACGCUCACCCUGACCUGCACCACGUCCGGAGAUGGUCCCCUUGGCCCCGUGAAGUGGCUGAAGGGCUGGGGCAGUGGGAACAAGACCGUCUAUGAGCAGAAGGGCUCCUUCCCCCGCGUGACAAGGGUAGUGGGUGAGUCCAACACGGACUUCAGCAUCCAUGUGAGGGAUGUUCAACCCGAGGAUGCCAGCACUUAUUACUGCGUGAAAUUCAACAAAUCGGUGGGCGGUGUUGAGAUAUUCCGGCAUGGAAAGGGCACGGUGGUGUCCCUGCACGAGACAGCCCUGGUUCCCAGCAUGGUGGCUGCAGCUGUAGUGCUCUGCUUCCUCCUCCUCCUCGGCCUCUUCGUCGCCCUUUGCAUAUACAGGAGGAAGCACAGAGGCGAGGUGGAGAGCCAGUGCCUGGCCAGGCCGGUGGCCGUGGGCAGCUUCUCGCUUAUCCCUCUGCGGUGCUGUGCAGGGACCCCCGGCACCCCCAGCAGCAAAGUCCUGGAUGCAGAGACCUCACAUCUGCCCAGCCAGCAAAGCAGCAAGGAGGACAAUGACAUCCACUACGCCGAUCUCCAGCCCCUGCCCAUGGCCCCAUGGCACGGCAGGAGCCCUGGCACAGCCUGCUCGCGCAGCCUGCUCCGA